AUGCCCCCCACGCCUUGUACCCACGCCCUCCGCCUUGUACCCACGCCCUCCACGCCUUGUACCACGCCCCCCACGCCUUGUACCCACGCCCUCCACGCCUUGUACCCACGCCCCCCCACGCCUGUACCCACGCCCUCACGCCUUGUACCCGCCCCUCGGCCUUGUACCCACGCCCCCCACGCCUUGUACCCACGCCCUCCACGCCUUGUACCCACGCCCCCCACGCCUUGUACCCACGCCCUCCGCCUUGUACCCACGCCCCCACGCCUUGUACCCACGCCCCUGCCGCCUUGUACCCACGCCCCUCCACGCCUUGUACCCACGCCCCCCACGCCUGCCCCCACGCCUUGUACCCACGCCCCCACGCCUUGUACCCACGCCCCCCACGCCUUGCACCCACGCCCCCCACGCCUGUACCCACGCCCCCCACGCCUUGUACCCACGCCCCCACGCCUUGUCCACGCCCUCCCGCCUUGUACCACGCCCCACGCCUUGCGCCCCCCACGCCUUGUCCGCCCUGCCUUGUACCCACGCCCUCCACGCCUUGUACCCACGCCCCCUUGCCACCCCUCCACGCCUUGUACCCACGCCCUAUACAAAGGAAGUGUCCAAAUGACCACCAAUUAG